AUGCAACAACCACCGCAUUCAUCCUACGUGCAAACUGAUACUCGAGAAGUUUCAGCGCAUGGUGGACUUGCUGGCUCUUCUUCCUACUACCCACAUUAUGGAAAUCAAUAUCACCACCCUUCUUCGUACUUGAAUAAUCAUCACCAACAUUCUCAGACGAACUAUCACCAAUACCACGAUUACACACCCUCCAGCUCUUCCCGUCUCACGACAACUGAAGCCUUUCAUCAUCCAGUUGGUGGUGCUCAUCAUGAACCGUCGACGAAAUAUCACCAUUAUAGUUAUGAUAAUGGUUAUCAUGGCGUCUCGCAUCAACAGUACAGCAGCAACUCACAGCCUCACCAUUCCUCAUUCUAUCAUCAUGGAAGUGGGAAGAACACAAGUAGUUCGUACUACAACAACACCCACAGAGAGGAUGGUUUGUACAAUACCACAACUAACUCAUCGCUCUAUCAUUAUCCUUCAUCAUCUUCACUUCCUUCCUUUAAUAGAAAGCCAGGAGCGACUACAUCUCAAUUUGUACAAGCUGCUGGCUCUUCUGCCUAUGAUCGAUCUAUGCAUUCAGAAGAUAUUCACGAAGAAGAACCUGUUUCUAACAAUCAACAUCAUCACUCCUUUACAACGGGAUAUCCUCCAUCAACCUCUCAUCACUACUAUCCAUCAACAACUUCUGUUACUCCUCCUCCAUCCGCUGCUACUUUGGAUUUAAAUUCACCACCACCGCACUCCCAACCACCAUCAUCUCACACAUCGUCAUAUUCAUCUUCACCCUACUAUUCUUCAUACAGUAAGCAUCAGCCAGCAUCAUCACUGCUAUUGGAAGACAAGUAUUCAAACACGAGAUCGUCGAACCCUUCAGCAGACACAGUAUCACCUCAAGCAAUCGCGACUCCAUCUACCUUCAACACUGAAUCAAAGUCUGUAGCUCCAAAGAUAGAAGGUGGAGUGCUCAGCACAAGAAAAGCUCUCGAUGAAAUGAUGCAAAGAUUGAAACGCGACAAGGAAUCGCUCCAACAACUUAAAUCUGAGAUACCAUCAUACAGCUCAACUCAUAAUUUUCACACUCAACAACCAAGUGCCAAUCCAUCUUAUUCCUAUUCUUCAUCUCACCAAUAUUCUUAUCCGCCAAGAUAUGGAGACUAUUAUUCAACAAACACCUAUGGGUAUUAUCCUCAUGACGAAUAUUCUCCAGGCAUUUCUUCACAUCAUGAAUCCUAUAGUCACUAUCAAUCAGAUGUUUAUGGUAGAGGAAUUACAAACUCUCAUCAUGUCGACAGCAUUCCAGAUGAUGCAGGUUCCUUCACAAAGUCUCAUUCAUCUUCAAAACAUCAUCACACACCAAAUGGUCAAGUUUAUCAACAAGAAGAAAAGAAAAAACUUCAGCCACCAUCUGCUCAGAAAAAGAAAGGCCCACCCCCUUCAAAUUCUCUCCAAAAAAAGCCAAAACCAAAGCAUCCACAAACAGGAGCAACUGUAACGACUACACCAACUGCUGUCAACGAGGUCGCCAUCAACAAUGCCAAUGGUAUAGUAACCACAGCUGUACAAAACGGAACUCCAACAAAGAAAGUCAAACCACCCAAGGCAGCCAAAAAGAAAGACCAACCAGCAUCCGAUAUUCCUGGUUCAACCGUUGAGGAGUCAGCAGACACAACCUCAAAAAUUGUAACAAAAACCAGUUUAAGGGUCAGAGCUGCUAAACAAAAAAGGAAAGAUAUUUCUCAGCUGUUUAAAGAUGAUAGCGACAACGAAUUGAUGGCAAAUUCUCCUGAAGAAGAAAAGAAUAGAGCAAAUGGAAAAGAAGAGGAUGAAAAAAGUCAAGAAUCUGUGAAACAACAGGAAAAUGUUGAGAUUGGAGAAAACUUUAUAUUUUCAUCAAAUAGCAUCGAUCUUUUAUGUGACACUGUUGACAUGGUUUCGAAAUGCACUGAUUUCUUAGUGACAGAGCUUGAAAAAAGAAGCAAGCUUACUUCUGAGACGAAUCCAGAUCUUGAGAAGGAAUUAAUAGAUCUAUCUGUCUUUAAUUGUGUGUCAUAUAAUGGCAAGAAAAAAUUCGUAAAACCACAAAUUACCAAGAGAAAGACAAGCAAAAAGAUUGAAAAAUUCAAGAAAAAGAUACUCAACACUAAUUUGGUUGUAAAUGAAGAAUCAGGAGAAACCAUCCGUAAGGAAAAAUUGAAAAGAGGCCCUGGAAUUGAUGUGUAUGAAAUUAUUUGCGCUUCAAGGCUGGAGAAGCUGGAUGAUGAAGAAUUGAGAAGAGAAUUACUUUCACAUGAAAGCAAAACAAAUCUUCUACAAGCUAAAGAGAUGUUAGAAACCGAUCUUCAAGAAAGUGAGCAAGAGGCCAAGCCUUUGAUCUAUUACCUCGCAGGAAAUGGUGUUGACGUUGAGCCUCACAAAAACAUUCACCACAAAUCGAUACUUGAUUUAAUAGAGACAGGACCUAUCAGAUCUAACGAUGGAAAUGUUUAUUCCAUUAAUCCUCAGAGAAGGAUACUCGAAUUAUACAACCUAGACAAAAAAGCAAUUUCUAGAGAUCUAAGAAGCAUUGAGAAAACAAGCCGAUUGAGCCCUGACACCUUGAAUGAGCUACUAAGUGACAAUUUUGAAGACAACAACGAUGUCGCUAUUCCAGAACCAUCUCCAAGAAAGAAAGUUUCUCCCAAACGGUCUGUUUCGUCAGUUGCAGACGAAAAAAAGAAAGAAGAAGAGGAAAACGAAGAAGGAGAGAAUGCUGCUGACAUUCAACCACCUCCCACAGAGCAAAAGAAGAAGAAACGAAAGUUCAUGACUGACAAGAAGCAGAGAAACACUCCCUAG